AUGAGUUGUCUCAGGAUGCGUCGUACGCAGCUUGCAAGCCAGCUCGCGAGGAGCUUCCGCCCAACUACACGAGCCUUCUCUUCCACUCGGCCAGCGCAGCGCAUAUUCGCUACCGAGAACCUGAGGGCAAAGGAAGCGUCAGGCUUCAUCUCGAGCAAAUACCCCGUCAUCGACCACGAAUACGAUGCCAUUGUCGUCGGCGCUGGAGGAGCUGGUCUCCGCGCGGCAUUCGGUCUCGCUGAAGCUGGUUUCAACACAGCAUGUAUAUCCAAGCUUUUCCCCACUCGAUCGCACACAGUCGCAGCACAAGGUGGUAUCAACGCCGCGCUCGGAAACAUGCACGAGGACGACUGGCGGUGGCAUAUGUACGACACUGUCAAGGGAUCAGAUUGGCUUGGAGACCAGGACGCCAUUCAUUACAUGACAAGAGAGGCGCCUCAAUCCGUCAUCGAACUUGAGAACUACGGCUGCCCAUUCUCGCGAACUGACGAUGGCAAGAUCUACCAGCGUGCUUUCGGUGGACAGUCGCAGAAGUACGGCAAGGGUGGCCAGGCAUACCGAUGCUGUGCUGCUGCCGACCGUACUGGUCACGCUCUCCUCCACACUCUCUACGGACAAUCGCUACGACACAACACCAAGUACUUCAUUGAGUUCUUCGCCACUGAUCUGAUCAUGGAGGAUGGUGUCUGCAAGGGUGUUGUGGCAUACAACCAGGAAGACGGAACCAUCCACCGAUUCAUCGCAAAGAACACCGUCUUGGCCACUGGCGGUUACGGACGUGCCUACUUCAGCUGCACAUCCGCCCACACCUGCACUGGUGACGGUAUGGCUAUGGUUGCUCGCGCAGGUCUUCCCAACCAGGAUUUGGAAUUCGUUCAGUUCCACCCCACUGGUAUCUACGGUGCCGGUUGCUUGAUCACUGAAGGAUCCCGUGGAGAGGGUGGUUACCUUCUCAACUCUGAGGGUGAACGGUUCAUGGAGCGUUACGCACCAACUGCCAAGGAUCUUGCUUCCCGCGAUGUCGUAUCCCGAUCAAUGACCCUGGAAAUUCGUGAGGGCCGUGGUGUAGGUCCGGAGAAGGAUCACAUCUACCUCCAGCUCAGCCAUCUACCCGCCGAGGUCCUUCACGAGCGUCUACCCGGUAUCUCUGAGACUGCCGCCAUUUUCGCUGGUGUCGAUGUCACCAAGCAGCCCAUCCCUGUUCUUCCUACCGUGCACUACAACAUGGGUGGUAUCCCCACCAAGUACACUGGUGAGGUCAUCACUCAAGACGCUCAGGGUAACGAUCAGGUUGUUCCAGGUCUGUUUGCGUGCGGUGAGGCUGCUUCCGUCUCUGUCCACGGAGCCAACCGUCUCGGUGCCAACUCCCUCCUCGACCUCAUCGUUUUCGGUCGUGCUGUUUCCCACACCAUCCGCGACAACUUCAGCCCCGGCCAGAAGGCCGACCCCGUCUCCGCCGAUGCUGGCGCCGAUUCCAUCUCCGUCCUCGAUCAGAUCCGCACAUCUGACGGCGCCAAGUCGACUGCCGAGGUCCGUCUCCAGAUGCAGAAGGUCAUGCAGACCGAUGUCGCCGUCUUCCGAACUCAAGAGUCACUCGACGAGGGUGUCAAGAAGAUCCACGACGUUGACGCCGACUUCGCCAACGUUGGUAUCAAGGACCGCAGCAUGAUCUGGAACUCCGACCUUGUCGAGACCCUUGAGCUACGCAACCUCCUCACCUGCGCCGUACAGACUGCCGAAUCCGCCGCCAACCGUAAAGAGUCACGAGGUGCCCACGCUCGUGAGGACUUCCCCGACCGUGACGAUGACCAGUGGAUGAAGCACACAUUGUCGUGGCAGAAGAAGCCGCAUGGCGAGACUCAAUUAGGUUACAGGAAGGUUGUUGGUACUACUCUGGACGAGGCUGAGUGCAAGGCUGUACCACCAUUCAAGCGUACAUACUAGAGGAUUGGUAAUUUGGAAAGGAAAUGAGGGAUGUGUUUUGUAUUCUAUGUACAUCGGAUGAUGGAUUGCAUGUUUUAGCAUGUUUACGAGCGGAAGCCAUUUAGGAUUGAGAAUCGAAUCAUUCAAGUUCACAUUGUUA